UGUCCAAUAGAAUUUAUAGUUUUAAGUUAGUAAUAUUGUUUUAUAAACAUAAUCAUAGGCGUGCGAAGACUUAAAUUUCUGGUCUAGCCUAGACAAUUAUAGUGCCCUAAUAUUUGGACAGCGCCCCUAUUUUUUUUUUAACAUAUCCACAUACAUGUUUUGAUGUAUUAACCUAUUAAUGUCUAUAGUACUAUAAAAAGCCUAUGAACAUAAUAUACAUAAUACCUAUUAUUAUAUUAUAUAACCCAAAAUAACCUAAUUUCUAUAAUGUACAUACAUCAAAUGUAUUAUUGAUGUUUAUUAUAAUAGGUAUUGUUGUUCAUCGAUUUCCCAAUCCUAGAACAGACUUUGUGAGAUUAAAAAAAUGGAUUGAUUUGGUUGGUUUGAACGAAAUGGAUCCAAAUGAUGUUUAUAAAAAGAAAUUUAUAUGCAAUAAUCAUUUUGAUGAACAGUGUUUUAGUCCUGGUACUAAGAGACUGAAUGCGAGGUCUUAUCCAACAUUACUAUUACCAGGUAGUACUAAUUCAAAACCUAGUCAACCUAGUGUUAAGGCUUCAAUAUCCAUACAUCAGAGCGAUGUUGUGAACCGGAUGAGAGACACUGUUGAUAGGCUUCGAAGUCGAACAAAUAACUCUUAUUCGAAUUGAUUAUAAUAUAAGUUUAUUAAAUAUAAAACAUAAAUCAAUCAAGAAUAGUUUCAAAUUAUUGAAACGGUACAAUUUAAGACAUAAAUAAUCAGCAUGGAUACCGUCAACUAGUAGCCUGCUAACUAUAGAGUGAUGAGCCUUUCGUUAGGGUCCCUGUUAUAUAGGUGCGUUAGUAUAAGGAAAAAGGUACCUACACGUACAUCCUUGCUACGUGUAGCCUUGCUUUUUUUAUGUAACAAAUAUCAUACUUUCCUUAUACCUAUUACGUUGUCUUUUAGAUAAUAAUUACUGCUGCCCAUCACGUAUCGGACACAUGCCGAACUGCGUGUGGCCUGUAGUAUUUGCAACACCUCCCCCACAAAACGAGGGAUUAUGAUUAAUAAGACCUCUAACUAUUGCUCAGAAUGCUGAUCUACUAGUAUCAUGAAAUCCAUCUUUUACGGGUAUUAUUAGUUUACAAAAAUUCUUAAUAUUACGUUAGUACAUUACAUUAUGUAUUAAAAUUUUUUUUCUUAUU